AUGGCGUCCACUCCCAAGACACCAGGAGCAAACACCAAGGCUAAACAUGGACGAGCCGCUGCUGCUGCUUCGCCCACUGCCCCGGCCACCCUCACUCCUUCCCGUCGCGCCUUGAGCGACGAGCCGCCUUCCUCUCGCCCUUCACUCCGUACACCCCUCGAUCGCAGCGCCUCGCGAAACCUCCUUGCCUCGAUCCGUCGCGGCACCUCGGCCUCCGGCGGUCGUCGAAUCAACAACAACGCCCCGACGCCUCAUGCCAAAGCCGCCCGCCUGGCCCUCAACCAGCGGCGCAAUGCCUUGUUCACCCCCGGCAAAAAUCGCCGACGCAGUUUGAUGGAACAGCGCGAGACUCCUAUGGGCGUUCUGCGCAAUUUGAAGGAAGACGACGACGACGAGUUGUCCAUCGAUAGACCACGCCUCUCUCUGCCCCUCGACCAGGACGACCAAGAUUCCGACCUGCAGCCCCCGCGCUCCUUCGGCGAUGACAGAAUCAGCGACUUCUUCGACCAAAUCAACAACGACCCAACACUCGACGCCCCCCGGCACUCAGAUUUCUUCCCAGGCUUUCUCGAGCAUCUCCAAGCCGACGCGGGCGAUUUGACACUGAACCGCAUCGACGCAGACCCAGCACGACGCACGACAAUGGGACGCGACAGCGACUUUGGCUUGCAGCUGCCGGCCGGUCUGGAUGACCAAACGACGUUUCUACUUUCCGAGCCCUCUGCGGGACCGGAUCCAGGCUCUCCCGUGGUAGACCACUCCCUCGCCGAAGCAGCAGCAGCAGAAGGUGCCGACGGACUGCCCGACGUAUCGCUAGCUCCAGACGCCGGCAUGGCAGACUCGGACGACGACGCCCUUGACGUCUCCCUAGUCCAAGAUAGGACCUCUGAACCAGCUGGGCCAGCUCCCAGAGCGCGUAAACGCCAAAAGAGAAUAUCGAAGCACGGUGUCGAGUAUCCACCCCUGCCGCCCUCUUUUGUCAAAAAGGUUGCGCAAACGGCACUCAACUCCUCUGGUCUCAGCAACCCGCGCAUCUCGGCCGAUACCCUGGCGGCCCUGACACAGGCGUCGGACUGGUUUUUCGAACAGCUUGGUGACGAUCUUGGGGCCUACGCCAAGCAUGCGAAGCGCAAGACAGUCGAGGAGAGUGAUGUCGUCACUCUGAUGCGCAGGCAACGCCAAGUCGGGUCCGAUGCUACAAUGUUCUCGCUCGCGCAGAGACAUCUGUCGAGAGAACUGCUUCAGGACCUGAGAAUGCCCGUGCCUCAGCCCACUAGGAAACGCCGUGGCAAGCGCCCGCAUAGCGGCGACGACGACGAGCAUGGAACCGAGGUGACGUGA